CGAGCGUCGAAAUUGGUUGAGUGUAAUGCUACGAAAUGUCUCCACAACUACACUUAGAAACACAAGUUUACCAACUACAUCAUCGGCAAUAUCACCAGCGAGCAAAAAAGCAUUUAUGUCGAAAACUGCACAAGUAUCACACAUUACUUUUUGUGUUAGCUUUAGUAAAUCUACAUUCAGCCACUUCAGUUUGUGGCUAUUCCAGCGCGUCAAACUCUCUCUCAAGUCACAGAGAUGACCCAUUUUUCGUGUUUUACAUUCCAUCCAAUUUGCAAAAAGAUGAACAAAGUUCAAAUCAGUUUUCCUCACAGAUGAUUGGAGGAAAUUCUUUUAUCAGACAAAGGCGUUCACCCAACCCUUCCCCUGAUUCCGUUAGCUCACUGUAUUCGGCUUUACCUGUAGCGCGUACAGGGAAUUCUGCCAUAUAUUUUGGUAUGUCUUCGUCGUCCACGAUGACACACGAAAGCAGUGUUAAGCAUUAUUCGGAUAAUCGUAAACCAGCUUUUAAAAAUUGUGCUAAUUACAAACCGUCCGUCAGGGAAGAGGAACCUGAAAAUACUUUUGUUAUAAUGGUGCAAGCAGAAGAUCCUGACUUUGAUCAAGAAAUCAAAUAUAGUCUUGUUCAGUCGGCUACAGAGCGAUCAAAGUUUCACAUUGACCCCAAAUCGGGGGUAAUUGUAACAACACACCGAUUUGAUCGCGAUGAGCCGACAUACGAAAAAAUGGUGUAUGUAACAGUGCAGGCGACUGACAAUGGCAAUCCCACAUUAGAUGAUGUUUGCACAUUUAAAGUGAUUAUUGAAGAUGUAAAUGACAAUGCUCCAGUUUUUAAUAAGGCGCGUUACGACGAGUCUAUUUCGGAAGAUAAACAGCCUGAUGCAAUUGUAAUGCGCAUCUCAGCCAGUGAUUUGGAUGAUGGCAAUAACAGUAUUAUCGAAUAUGAAAUCCUACCUGUUCGUGAUCAUUUGUACUUUAAAAUCGAUAAAGCAGCCGGAAUUAUUUAUCUAAACCGUCCAAUUGAUAAGCGUCCUGGACAAUAUUAUACAAUUACUGUUAGUGCGUAUAAUCCAAGUAGUCCAAUAAGUCCAGAUUCCAAACAAGAAUCACAAAUUGAAGUUCGUAUUCGUGUUGUUGAAUCGUCGAAGAAGCCACCAUCGUUUGUUGAUCCCAUCGAAGAUCCUAUAUAUUUGAAAGAGGACUAUAUGAACUAUUCCACGCCCAUCGCAACUUUGCGAGCCGUUUCUAAUGUACCCGAUAAACCAGAAGUUAUAUUUGAAUUAGUUACCGGUCGUACAGAGCAAACGAAUAGUAAAAAGACAUUUGUGUUCAAUCAAACUGGUACUACCGUUACGAUUGGUUUAGGCAAACUGCUCGAUUAUGAAUCGGUAACGGAAUACACACUAACGAUGAUUGCGCGCAAUACAUACGAUUUAGUUGCAGAGCAUGUUAUUAAAGUUAAGGUUGUCGAUGUAAAUGAUAACAUACCAUAUUUUACGGAAGUAAACAAAGGUACAUUGCUUGAGAAUGAACUACCCGGGACACCUGUAAUGCAGGUACGUGCUUUCGAUAUGGAUGGUACAGAAGCAAAUAAUAUUGUGUCUUUUGAGUUGGCGGAUAACCGAGAGUAUUUCAAAAUUGAUCCCCAUACUGGUAAUAUAACGGCGCUGACCACAUUCGAUCGUGAGGAGCGUGAUUUUUACAAUGUUAAAGUUAUCGCAAGUGAUAAUUCACCUUCUAGUUUGUAUAACAACGGUGAACCAAAUCGAGGGCAACAGGUUUUUCGCAUUGAAAUAGCGGACAAAAACGAUCAUAAGCCACAUUUUCAGUUAGCCGAAUAUGUGCAUGACAGUUUACCCGAAGAUGCCAACAUAAAUUUUAUGGUGAUCGAGGUAGAAGCUGUUGACGAAGAUAAUACAGCACAAAUUGUAUACACAAUCGAAAGUGGAAAUGUUGGAAAUGCUUUCAAAAUUGAAAAAAAGACAGGCCAAAUAACAGUGAAUCAGCGACUUGAUUACGAAAAUAUCACCGAAUAUGUGCUAAAAAUUCGUGCGUUUGAUGGGAUAUAUGAUGACUAUGCCACUGUAAAAAUAAAAAUAGCAAACGUCAACGAUAAUCCUCCAGAUUUUAAGGAGAAAUAUUCGAAAACCAUACAAGAAGAAAUGGUUUUUGACUAUUGUAUAUUGAAUAUUGAAGCCUAUGAUCCGGAUAUAAAGGAUCGUACAGCAGAUCAACAUAUCAAAUAUUCAGUGGUUAAGGAGGAACAGAAAAAGAUGAUAACCAUAGAUAAUGAUGGAUGCUUAAAACUAAUACAACCGUUAGACCGUGACCCUCCUGAUGGCCAUAAGAGUUGGCAGGUGUUAAUCGCGGCAGUGGAUGAAGAUGGUCAGGGCUUAAAAUCUGUUACACAUUUGAUCAUCAAUCUGCAGGAUAUUAACGAUAAUGCGCCCUUUUUGGUGAAUACAAUGCCUGUAAUUUGGCAAGAGAAUCGUAAUCCUGGGCAAGUUGUGCAAUUACAGGCAAAUGAUUAUGACGAACCACAGAAUGGACCGCCAUAUACGUUCGGCAUCGAUAGUGAGGCAUCCGCAGAUAUUAAGACCAAGUUUAGCAUCGAUAACGAUUACCUAUUCGCAAAUGUACAAUUCGAUCGGGAAGAACAAAAAGAGUAUUAUAUACCUAUAAGAAUAAGCGAUUCCGGAAAACCAAAACAAAGCAAAGUAAGCAUUUUGCAUUUGAUUAUAGGUGACGACAAUGACAAUGCUAUGUCAGAGGGUUCUUCGCGUAUUUUCAUUUACAACUAUAAAGGUGAGGCGCCUGACACCGAUGUGGGUCGUGUUUUUGUUGACGACCCUGAUGAUUGGGAUCUUGAUGACAAAGAGUUUCGUUGGAAAAAUGGCUUUCCCCAUGAUAAUUUUCGUUUAAAUCCAAACACUGGCAUGAUAACAAUGCUCGAGCGAACACAAGAGGGUGAAUAUCUGCUUGAGUUUGUUGUUACUGAGGAAUCUACCUUUAUACCACGUCAUUCGGUAGAUGCUGAUGUUACUGUUAUUGUACGUGAACUGCCUGAAGAAGCUGUAGACAAAAGUGGCAGUAUUCGUUUUUACAACAUUACCAAGGAGAGUUUUAUCAGUGUGCCACGCGACGCUCAAGCCGACGAUUCACUUUCAAUAAAAGAUCGCCUACAAUAUUCACUUGCAAAACUAUUCAAUACUUCCGUUACAAAUGUAGAUGUCUUCACGGUAUUGCAAAAUACCAAUAACACAUUGGAUGUUCGUUAUUCAGCACAUGGUUCACCGUAUUAUGCACCAGAAAAAUUGAAUGGCAUUGUGGCGCAGAACCAACAAAAACUCGAGAACGAGUUGGGCUUGCAAAUGUUAAUGGUUAAUAUUGACGAAUGUCUUAUUGAAAAGUACAAAUGCGAAUCAUCGUGCAUGAACACGCUGCAUAAAUCGAAUAUUCCUUAUAUGAUAUAUUCAAAUACUUCGUCGUUUGUUGGCGUGACUGCCUUUAUUGAAUGGCACUGCGUUUGUGAGGCAAGAAUAAGCACUUACUGUCUCAAUGGUGGAACUCCGCGCAUUGGAGAGAAUGACAUGUGCGAUUGCAUAGACGGUUUUACCGGACCUCACUGUGAAUUAGUAUCGGUUGGGUUCUAUGGUAAUGGCUAUGCAUUUUACGAGCCCAUAUCGCCGUGCGAAAACACUAAAAUCAGCCUCGAGGUAGCGCCGCAAACUGAUCAGGGUCUAAUUAUGUAUCUUGGGCCGCUAAAUUAUAAUCCUUUGUUGCCACUAUCUGACUUCUUGUCACUAGAGUUGAUAAAGGGUUAUCCCACACUUACUGUAGACUAUGGUUCAGGUGCCAUUCGUAUUGAGCAUCGGCACAUUCAGUUACAGGUUGGUAAAUCUUAUCAGUUGGACAUUAUAUUACAACGAACCAGUAUUGAAAUGAUAGUCGACAAUUGCCGGCUAUCAACUUGUAUCAGUUUGGGAGCGCCGCAAGGUCCCAAUGAGUUUUUAAAUGUUAAUUCGCCAUUGCAACUUGGUGGCACACCAGUGGAUCUCUUGCAGCUAGGUGCAAAACUGAACUGGACAUAUACGCCGAGCCGUCAAGGUUUCUUCGGUUGCAUACGUAACUUGACGAUCAAUAAUCAUACAUACAAUUUGGGAGCGCCUGCAAUAUCACGUAGUAUCGAUUCCGGUUGUCAGCGCGCAGUUGCUGUGGCCGUUAGUUUCGGCAUUGAUCGCAACUUUAUCAUUGCUAUUGUGGCAUGCAUACUUCUUCUGCUGAUUAUUUUAUUGGCUGUGGUAGUACAGAAGAAGCAAAAGAAUGGUUGGCAUGAAAAGGAUAUUGACGAUAUAAGAGAAACAAUAAUCAAUUACGAAGAUGAGGGCGGUGGUGAGCGAGAUACUGACUAUGAUCUUAACGUGUUGCGCUCGCAACCUUUCUACGAAGAGAAGCUGUACAAAGAUCCGCAUACCUUACAAUCACUGAAAGAUCCAAAUAAUGAAAUACCCGAUAUUGGCGGCUUUUUGGGGGAUAAAAAAGAGAAUUGUGACCGGGAAGCCGGCACGUAUCCGGUGGAUGAUGUGCGGAACUACGCGUACGAAGGUGAUGGUAACUCGGAUGGCAGUCUUUCUAGUCUAGCCUCCUGCACUGAUGAUGGCGAUCUCAAUUUUGAUUAUUUAUCGAAUUUCGGGCCGCGAUUCCGUAAAUUGGCCGAUAUGUAUGGCGAAGAACCAUCCGACACAGAUUCAAAUGUAGAUGAUGAACAAGGUUGGCGUAUAUAAAGCUGGAUUAUAGACUUCCAUUGACAUUUCAUACCGAAUGUAAAAGACUUUAAAAU